CGUUUCAACUCGCAUACGGAUAUUACUGAUAUGUAUUAAAAGAUAAACAAAAGUCACACUUGACAUUUGGUUGCGUGUUUUUGCUAUAUGUAAUUGUAUUCUAUCUUUUGGCUUACGAUAGAUUUUUCUCUAAAUUUUCUGUGAAUCAAAGUGUUUGUGAAAUGUCGUCUACUUUAAUGUUUGUUGGCCUUCCGGAGGAUUCCAAGAGCUCCAUAACCAAGUUCACUUCAACGACCGAGUCGAAGAGUGUGGGAGAACUUAGCUACGUCGAUCUGGAGAAUUCGGCUGUCAACACUUGCAUCGACCUGGUCGAGUUGCGGGUGCCUAACGCGCCUAAGAGCUGCAUCGCAGAAAUCUUCAAUGGCGAUAUGACAGACGGCAGCCCCAAGAAGAACGGCAUGGCGCGCCAACGUGUCGUCCGCGACACACCGACGCGUCCGCGUGACACUCACUCGAGACUUUUCGGACAGGCAGCGAGCAAUGGACCCGUUUCUCCAUUGAUCACCGACACCAUCCGCAGUAACAUCCAGUUUGGUGAUUCUGAAAUGAACGGCGGAAGUCCUACGCACUCCCCCGCCAAGAUGAUGAACGGAAGCGCUUAUUCGACACCCAGCCGAGGUGAGAGGGAGCCAGCCGAACACUCGUCAUACACGCCACCGAAGAGGAAUCCAGUGACAGGCGAUGGAGUGCCUCUGACGCCGCUGCGUCGCCGUCAUCCGGCUGCGAGCCUGCGAGGUGCCGAACCAGACUUUGCUGAUCCAAGGCAACCCAAUCACCGGUGACGGAUACAAGUCGAUGAACGGGCAAAUGAACACAAUGACGUCAAUUAAUGGCACCAGCAACAUUAUCUACUACAACCGCGUGCCGCCCGGCGGUUAUUCAUCUGGACUUUGGUAGACUACUCACUAACUACUACUCUAUCUAUACCCACCAUGACGUCUUAAAAGCGAACCGUUAUGAACCUUUACAUAAAUAAAAAACCUGUCAUCUAAUUUAUUUGUACGUAAAAGUCGCAAGGUUUUUUUAAUCGAUUCUAAAUGGCGAUUCUGAAUGGUUUGCACAUGAAUCAAACAUUCAUUUUGCAGUAUUAUCGUCUAACUUGUCAUAUGUUGCAUUGUGAAUGUCUGGUUUAAAAAAAUAAAAUUUAGCGACUUAUUAUUAUAACUCAAUCGUCGAUCAACUAUCUCGACAUUUACAGUAACGUAAAUAAUACUUUUUGGUUCCUCAUUCUUGCUUAAAUUAUGAUGACACUUCUCAGUUAAAGCUAAAUUUUAGCAUUUCUAAAAUGCACGCAUGUAGAUUGGUUUCAGAUUAAAUAAAAUGUGAGAGUGAGGUACCUAUUUUUUUGUUUUAUAAGAUUAUUAGUAAAAGUAUUUAAAAUGCAUUUAUUUCAUUAUUUCUCAUAGUUUGUCGAUUAAAUUCGAGUAGUGUUGGCAAAAUUAGUAACGCAAUAAUGCACGUCGCGUCCGUAAAAUACCAAUGGGUAUAUGUUGUUAAUCAAAUCCUUAGCCUGACCCAGUAACGAUUUCAUUCGAAUAAUUUAGAAUAGAAUUAUAGAUAUUUUUGUAAUAAUAAUUAUUCGAUAGUGUAAAGACAUUAGUGUCGUCGUUCCAUUUUCAAAACAAAUCGUCUCCGUGACCAGUGACAUAGUGAAAUGUCAUUGGUUAAAUAUGAAUUGAAAAUAUACGCUAAGCAGUUUAAAGGUUUAAACAAAAAAGUACUCUUGGCACUUUUACGAUUAUGUUAUCCCAAUGAUAUUGUGAAUUAGGAGUGAGGAAACGUAUCAGCAAUAUACCAAAACAAAUAGUGCCUUGAACGGUGUUGCAAUAAAAUUCUUCAAGAAUUGUAGGUUUGCGUUGGUAACAUUCAGCGUAUACAUGAGAAAUGAUUAUAUUAUCUAUAUUUGACAGUAUAGAAAUAGUAAUCAUACGGCACUCGGACUAAAAUGGUGAAUCGGGCAAAUGAAUUAAAACAUAUUAUAAUUUUUGCGAAACUAUUUUAAUUUUAAGACUCUAAUAUGACUUGUUAAAUUCAUUUUAUAGUAAUAUUAUAAAGAUUUUUUUUUAAAUGCAUUUAUUUUCUCUUUUUAAAAGUUUAUUUUAUUUUCUACUCGUUUAGUUUUGUCUAUAGAUGGAAUUGAUGGUAGAUUAUCUGUUAACAAAGUAUGAAUGAGAAUUGAAUAGAUUGGUAUGUACCUACCUAAAUAAUUUAUAAUUUUGUGUAAUCUCUAACAUAUAUUUGCCGAAAAAUAAGAAAUAUAAAUUUUCAAUAAACUAUUAGAAAUAUCUUGUAUGUUGGGAGUCGUUGAGUAGGUCGAGUAGUAAAGAUAUGUAAUUGUAGAAUUAGCGUAAUAAGCAUAUCAACUUUCAUAAAAAUCUCUUAAUGUUUCUAACGUACCUUAUCACUGGCCUAAAUGUAACAAUGUUAAUAGAUAAUAACCAUUAUUUCAUAAUAAAGUUUUUUUAUUAAUUCAA